AAUCUCCUGUUUCCAGCGAGAAUGUAAACGGUGAUUCUCUUCGCUACCACGCACUGAGCGAUGAGACCGGGACAUCCGGCAUCUGCACCGCGCUACCAUGGACGAAGACCUCUUCCAGCUACGGCAUCUACCCGUGGUGAAGUUCCGUCGCACCGGUGAAAGUACAAGGUCAGAAGAUGACACCUGUUCUGGAGAGCAUGAGAUUGAGAUAGAAGGAGUGCGGUCUGAGCUAGAACCAGUUGAGCUGGAUGAUGCAGGCACUGUCCCCAAAGAUUUUGCAAACCCUACAGAUGAUGUGUUCAUGGUGGAGGAUGCUGUGGAGGCCAUUGGAUUUGGGAAGUUUCAAUGGAAACUCUCAGUCCUUACUGGACUGGCAUGGAUGGCCGACGCCAUGGAGAUGAUGAUCCUCAGCAUUCUUGCACCUCAGCUACACUGUGAGUGGAGAUUGCAGAGCUGGCAGGUUGCCCUCAUAUCCUCGGUAGUGUUCAUAGGAAUGAUGUCUAGCUCAUCGCUAUGGGGAAAUAUAUCAGACCAGUAUGGUAGGAAGACAGGUCUGAAAGUUAGUGUACUCUGGACAUUGUACUAUGGAGUACUGAGUGCCUUUUCACCAAUCUACAGCUGGAUCCUUGUACUUAGAGGCUUGGUGGGCUUUGGGAUUGGAGGUGUUCCACAAUCGGUAACAUUAUAUGCAGAAUUCCUUCCAAUGAAGUCAAGAGCAAAGUGUAUUUUACUAAUAGAGGUGUUCUGGGCCUUUGGAACAGUAUUCGAGGUGUUGCUGGCAGUGGUGGUAAUGCCUACGCUGGGCUGGCGCUGGUUACUCAUUCUUUCUGCAGUGCCUCUUAUGAUUUUCGCCAUUUUGUGUUUUUGGCUUCCAGAAAGUGCACGUUAUGAUGUAUUGUCUGGGAACCAAGAAAAAGCCAUUGCCACAUUAAAACGCAUUGCUACAGAAAAUGGAGCACCAAUGCCACUUGGAAAAUUGAUAGUUGCCAGACAGGAGGACCGUGGACGAAUUUGGGACCUCUUCACACCACAGUUUCGAAUAACCACUGUCCUUUUAUGGUUCAUUUGGUUUUCCAAUGCUUUCUCCUAUUAUGGACUGGUUCUAUUAACCACAGAGCUUUUCCAGGCAGGUGAUGUGUGUAGCAUGUCGACAAGUGGCAAGAAACCUGAGGGAAGGUGUACACUGGAAUGUAAAUACUUGAAUGCUACUGAUUACACAGACCUUCUUUGGACCACAUUGUCAGAGUUUCCAGGUGUCUUAGUAACGUUAUGGAUUAUUGACCGGAUUGGACGAAAGAAGACAAUGGCAGUGUCUUUCCUUAUCUUUUCAUUUUUCUCUCUGCUGUUAUUCGCAUGUGUUGGGAGGUAA